CCACCCACCUCUCUUCUUCUUCUCUUCUUCUCUUCAUCACACAUCGCAAGUUGACACAACUCUCUGAACCAACCCCAACGCCAUUCGAAAACCAAACUUUCAGUAAGUAGGUCCGUCAUAUCACACAAACUCAGUCGCAAGAAUGAAUGCCAACACGAUAUCUACCAGAGAUGUCUCCGAAAAGAUACGACCUUCGCAAGCGCGCCACGAAGCCCGCUGCUUCUGCCGUCAAGCCUGGCCGCAAGGCACCCAAGAUCCCCAAAGCCGCCAGCGGCCUCUCCAAGUCCACCUCCAAGAAGUACGUCUAUGUACUGAAGCCCAGCGCCAUGGCGCGGCUCGCGGACAUGGAGUUUGACGUUCACACCACGCUCGUGCAGGGUCCGCGUUUCUACCUUCAGCCUGGAGGCAAGAAGCGUGCCCCAAGCGGCGUGGUGUCCAUGGUCGCCACCGUGCCCGCUGGGGUCGACGCCCAGUGGCCGGUGGAGCUGGACUUCGAGGAGAUGGAUUGGGAGGCGAAUCAAGAGCAGGAGGAGAUGGAAGAAACCCAUGAGGAGCAGAAUGAAGUAGACGACGAGGAGAUGGAAGAACAGCAGGAUCAAGAGCAGGACCAGAACGAAGAAGACGAGAAGGAUAACGAAGAAGACGAGGACCAGAACGAAGAAGACGUGAAUCAGAACGAAGAAGACGAGGAGCAGAAAGAAGAAGACGAGGAGAAGAUGCAGGAGGUGGAGGAGGAGGAAUAA